UGUUAAGAGGCAGGGCAGGACAGGGGAAGUGGGGAGGGGCAUGGGCUGCCUGAGAGAGUCUUGUCUUUAAGGAAGGUCCCAUACGGAGCCAGAUGGCGUUUAAUGAUUGCUUUAGUUUGAACUAUCCUGGCAAUCCUCAGCCAGGGGACUUGAUUGAAGUGUUUCGUCCUGGCUACCAGCACUGGGCACUGUACUUGGGUGAUGGGUAUGUGAUCAACAUAGCACCUCUAGAGGAUGGCAUUUCCACAUCAUUUACAAGCGCCAAGUCUAUAUUCAGCACAAAGGCCCUGGUGAAGAUGCAGCUUUUGAAGGAUGUAGUGGGAAAUGACACAUACAGAAUAAACAAUAAGUACGAUGACACAUACGCCCCUCUCCCCGUGGAAGAGGUCAUGCAACGGUCAGAGUUUGUUAUUGGACAGGAAGUGGAAUAUGACAUAUUUGUCAACAACUGUGAGCAUUUUGUGACUUUGCUCCGCUAUGGAGCAGGAGUUUCAGAGCAGGCCAACCGAGCAAUCAGUACCAUUGGGUUUGUGACAGCUGCUGCUGGUGCCUUCUCGUUCCUGGGCUUGUUUCCAAAAAGACUAAGAGCAAAAUACUAUUAAUUUACUGAAGAGAUAUUGGAGCUGAAGGAAUUUGUGAGGAGGGGAAAAAAAAAAAAAAAACCCUGGGAUGAAUACUUAUUUUCAAUGCAUCAUCAUUGUUCCAAAUUCCACUGAUGGAUGGCAGGCUCUUUAAUAAAUUGCUUACUGGUAUUAUC